GGAUUGCGUAAUUACUGAUGUGAUGUGUUUACAAGAUGGCGACCAGUCGAGAAGGUUUGACAAGAAAGUGUACUGUCAAACGUGGAAGUUCUCUAGUAAAUGACGAGCUUCAGGCAAGGUUGAAACAAAUAAAAUCAAUCUUACAAAAAGGAACUGAUGAAUGCAGCCAAGAAGAGCUGAAUAUCUUGCGAGAGUCGCCUGAAAUGGUGCAAGAAAUUGAACGAAGAGCGAUCAAACAGGCGAAUGCCAAAGCCCGUAAAAUUGAGGUCUGCGAUUCUCCAGAAGAACUUGUUGCAAAGGCAACGCAGCUGGCAAAUGCCAUCAAGGAAGCGAAUUUUGUAGUUGUUUACACUGGUGCUGGUGUCAGUACGGCAGCUUCUAUUCCAGAUUAUCGGGGUCCAAAUGGAAUUUGGACAAAACUUUCAAAGGGAGAGUCAAUAAAAAACUGCACCAAUCUUUCUGAUGCAGAGCCAACCUUAACGCACAUGAGCAUUUUGAAACUUUAUCAGGAACGACAUGUGAAACAUGUUGUAUCACAGAACUGUGAUGGCCUCCACCUUCGUAGUGGCUUGCCAAGUGAAGCGCUGUCUGAAGUUCAUGGCAAUAUGUAUAUUGAGGUGUGUACCGAGUGUGAACCAGAGAGAGCUUAUGUUCGAACGUUCGAUGUGACAGAAAAAACAGCAUUACGUCGCCACAACACUGGUCGAAUGUGUCAUAUUUGUGGAGGAAAACUACGAGACACAAUUGUACAUUUUGGUGAGAAAGGAUGUUUGGAGUGGCCACUGAAUUGGCAGGGUGCCAUUGAUGCAGGAAAAGCAACUGAUUGUAUUGUUUGUCUUGGUUCAAGUCUCAAAGUUUUAAAGAGGUAUAAUUCUCUCUGGGGGAUGACAAGAACAAAGGCAAGAAGACCACAGCUAUACAUUGUUAAUUUACAGUGGACUCCAAAAGAUACAUCUGCAACUUUGAAAAUUAAUGGUCGCUGUGAUGAUAUCAUGCAAUUGGUCAUGGCAAAGCUUGGCCUGGAUAUUCCAGGUUAUAAAAGGAAACAUGACCCAUUAUUUCGCCUGAGCACACCAUUACGGGAACAUGAACUUUGCACGAAAACAACAAAGAAUUUUGAGGUUCUUCUAGAAAGCAGGGCAAAUGAGCAUUUAAAUGGUGAGACAAACCCUUGUUCGAUACAAGAUGUGAAACAUUUGGAACAAGAUGCAGUAGAGUGGGACAAUAGGGAACAUUUAGGUGCAGGAUGGUAUGGCAAGGGUUAUGCCAAGUUAAAGAAACCACGUAAAAGACGAAAGCUUAAAUAGUCUGAAGUAUGUUGGAAAUAAUCAGUGCUGCAAUGAUGUCUUUUAAUAUGUAUAUAAACAACUAUUUAUAAUUGUGUUAUUGAAGAGAAUUAUGCAAUCUUGCAUUUGACCUUUCUCACAUUAAAACCUUCAUUCCAAUUAC